UGGCUGGAAGGAGGUGGAGAGGAAUGGCUCCUCCCCAUUGGCUGUUGCUGUUUGCACUCAGUUGCUUUAUCAGUCUUUGAUAACUGCUGAAGGGCAGAGUAGCCCCUGCAUGACAGCUGAAAGAUCGGCCAAGUGCUGCAAAAGACAGUUACAUUGAUCCAGCCUGGUGAAGACAUCUGGAGACCAUGACUAAGAAAAGAAUUGCUGUGAUUGGAGGAGGUGCAAGCGGGCUCUCUUCUAUCAAGUGCUGCCUGGAAGAAGGCUUGGAACCAGUCUGUUUUGAACGGACUCACGACAUCGGAGGACUCUGGAGGUUCCAGGAAAAUCCUGAAGAAGGAAGGGCCAGCAUUUACAAAUCAGUGAUCAUCAACACUUCUAAGGAGAUGAUGUGCUUCAGUGACUAUCCCAUCCCAGAUCAUUAUCCUAACUUCAUGCACAACUCCCAGGUCCUGGAGUAUUUCAGGAUGUAUGCCAAAGAAUUUGAUCUUCUAAAAUAUAUUCGAUUGAAGACCACUGUGUGCAGUGUGAAGAAGCAGCCUGAUUUCUCCACUUCAGGCCAAUGGGAGGUAGUUACAGAAUCUGAAGGGGAAAAGGAGGUAAAUGUCUUUGAUGGAGUCAUGGUUUGCACCGGCCAUCACACCAAUGCUCACUUACCCUUGGAAAGCUUCCCUGGAAUUGAGAAGUUCAAAGGACAGUACUUCCAUAGCCGGGACUAUAAGAAUCCAGAGAGUUUCACUGGAAAGAGAGUCAUUGUAAUUGGCAUUGGAAAUUCUGGAGGGGAUCUGGCUGUGGAAAUUUCCCACACAGCCAAGCAGGUUUUCCUCAGCACCAGGAGAGGGUCUUGGGUCCUGAAUCGUGUAGCAGACUAUGGAUAUCCCCUUGAUGUGUUAGUCUCUUCUCGAUUUAAACAUUUUCUUUUGAAGAUCUGUGGUCAAUCAUUAGCAAACAAUUUUUUGGAGAAAAAGAUGAACCAAAGGUUUGACCAUGAAAUGUUUGGCCUAAAGCCUAAACACAGAGCUCUGAGUCAGCAUCCAACAGUGAAUGAUGAACUGCCAAAUCGUAUAAUUUCUGGCUUGGUGAAGGUGAAAGGAAAUGUGAAGGAGUUCACAGAGACAGCCGCCCUAUUUGAAGAUGGCUCCAGGGAGGAUGACAUUGAUGCUGUUAUCUUUGCCACAGGCUAUACUUUUGCCUUUCCUUUUCUUGAAGAUUCUGUUCAAGUAGUCAAAAACAAGAUAUCCCUAUAUAAAAAUGUCUUCCCUCCUAACCUGGAAAAGCCAACUCUUGCAAUCAUAGGCUUGAUCCAGCCUUUGGGUGCCAUUAUGCCGAUUUCAGAGCUCCAAGGACGCUGGGUCACUCAAGUAUUUAAAGGGCUAAAGACAUUGCCCUCACAAAGCAAAAUGAAAGCAGAGAUAGCUAAGGUUCAAGAGCAAAUGGCAAAAAGGUAUGUGGAGAGCCAACGCCAUACCAUUCAGGGAGACUAUAUAGAUACCAUGGAAGAGCUGGCUGAUCUCGUGGGUGUCAGGCCCAGUCUGCUGUCUCUGGCCUUCACUGACCCUAAAUUGGCAAUACAGAUCAUCUGGGGACCCUGCACUCCAAUCCAGUAUCGUCUACAAGGCCCUGGAAAAUGGGAUGGAGCCCGAAAAGCUAUCCUCACCACAGAAGAUCGUAUCAGGAAGCCACUGAUGACAAGAGUUAUCGAACACACUAAUUCCACGACUUCAACAAUAACAAUGGCUAAGUGUAUGCUGGCUGUUGUUUUCUUUGCUAUAAUUGUGACCUACUUUUAGCUGUCCCAUUUGUCAUUGCCCCACUUUUCUUUGGAAAGCUGCAUCUAGAGAUGCCUUCAGAAUCUGAUGAGAUUGAACAGCUCUUGGCUUCACAUUGUUCAGGAAUCUACUUUUCUCUUGCCAAAGCAUUAAUCUUCUUUCCUCUUUUCCUUACAGUGAGACUCUAGCUUUUCAUUCAUAUUGGCUUCCCUCCCGUCCUCUUGUGACCCACCACUUUUUCCUUUCAAUAACCCCUGGACUAUGAGCUCAAGUAUCCUUUCAGUCAUCUUUGUAAGUCCUUAGCAGACUUCUUGACAUGUGGUAUGUGCUUGAUAAAUGUUGUCAAUAUUAUGGUGGGGAGAAGUCAAUAUCUGUAUACUGGGUGACUCCAUGGAACUCUGCUUCUGAUAGGAUUUGAUAUUCUAUUAGAAGUUCAAUCUUGGAGCACCUGGGUGGCUCAGUCAGUUCAGUGUCCAACUCUUGAUUUCAGCUCAGGUCAUGCACCCCGGGUUGUAAGAUCAAGCCCAGUGUCAGGCUCCAUGCUGAGCAUGAAGCCUGUUUAAGAUCUCUCUCUCCCUGUGCCCCUCUGUUGAGUGUGCUCUUGCUCUCUCUCUCUCUCUAAGGAAAAAAAAAAUAGCUCAAUCUUUUGUUUUUAAUACUGUAACUAAAUGUAGGUUUCCUGAGAGAUCAGAGAAUUAAUGGUCUUAUAUACAUCUAAGAUAAGAUAUAUAAACACUUAAAACAUUUUAUUUCACUAGUGAUUCACUAGUGUGUCUGAUACCUCAUCCUUUUUACUCUUUUCCCCUAAGCAAUCUGUCUUUAUUUUCUCAAUGAAGAAACUACCUUCAACUUUGUAUGCUCAGGGGUCAAUCUAAUAAUCCAGCAUCUGUGAAUAGAUUUGACUUGGCUGAAAAACUUGGGAUUUUAAGUUAGCUGUCUGAUCUUCUUUUGAUCUCUUAGUUCCCAUAUUAGGAUCCAACAAGACUUUGCCUUAGAAAAUAUGAUCCAUAGCUGCCAACUUUUGUGGUAUGGCCUACAAAUGUCAUUUGUCUCCCCUCACUCCUACUUUCUCCUCUCCACUCCCUCACACACACAGAGUCUAAGUAGUCAAUAUUCAAAGAGGUUAUUUAUGUAUUAAAACAAAAUUGAUACUAACUAAAUACAGGGGCAGUCUGCUUAAAACAGUUCUCUUAGGGGCGCCUGGGUGGCUCAGUCGGUUGAGUGUCUGACUUCAGCUCAGGUCAUGAUCUCACAGCUCGUGAGUUUGAGCCCCGCAUCAGGCUCUGUGCUGACAGCUCAGAGCCUGGAGCCUGCUUCUGCUUCUGUGUCUCCGUCUCUCUCUGCCCCUAACCCACUCGCAUUCUGUCUCUGCCUCUCUCAAAAAUAAAAUAAACAUUUAAAAAAAAAACUUAAAAAAAAAAAAAACAGUUCUCUUAAUGGCAUACAAUGUAGUUCUGAAAAACAGCAAAUGAAAAGCAGACUCCCCUUUAUGUCCCAGGACUGCUGUUGAUCUUGUUUUCUCAUUUGUAGAAGCUCUAUUCUGUUCUUGUCUCACAAAGUUAAACAAGUGUUAGCUAUUGGGCACACCAAAUUUCAUCAGCAAUGGGACUAGAUGUACCAGCCAGGUUUGUAUUGAUAAAUAAGCUGUCAUGCAAUACAUUUUCACAUUGCUGCCUGUCAUAUAACCAAAGGACAAAUCUGAACAGCUAAAGAAACAUUAGAAAUUAUUAUUUCCCAAUGUAACUGCACAUAAGAGAACCAGAAAUGUAAGAACUACAACUUGCUCCUAAUCAUUUAACUAUUUGCUCAUUUAACUAUUUGCUAUUUAACUAUUGGCCUAAUUUACAGGUAGAAAUGCCUUUUGAAAAUUAGAGAACAAAGAAAUGGUAUUACUUCUUAGGUCUUUUUCCUUCCCUAAAACUUGUGAUACUGGUGAUUUAUCGUCUUUUAAAAAGGGACUCAAUAUCUUACAAUCUGCAGAUUAUUCUAGUCCAAAAGUAAAGGUUGCUUACUUCUUUUUCAUUUCCUUCUUUUAACAUAUAAAUUUGCCUUUUUUAACAUGUAAGCUUAUUGAAUGAACAGCCCUUUGAUAAUGUAAUUACCAAUUAUCAGCAAUAAGUACCCCAAUUUCCUCUUUAAAUAAAAGUAUGUAAUUAUAACUUCA